AUGUCUUUUACAAGAAGAAGUUGCAUUUCUGGGCUCUUUCUCUUGUUCUUAGCUCUUGCUUGUGAAGCGAAUUCGGGGUUUAUAGGAGUUAAAGAUUCUCAUUUUGAACUCAAUGGAUCCCCUUUUCUAUUCAAUGGUUUCAACUCAUAUUGGUUGAUGCAUGUUGCUGCUGACCCUACUGAGAGGUACAAAGUUACUGAGGUUCUUAAAGAUGCUUCUACCGCUGGUCUUUCUGUUUGUCGUACUUGGGCUUUUAGUGAUGGAGGUGAUAGAGCAUUACAAAUAUCACCUGGUGUUUAUGAUGACCUUUUUGCAUUAUUGCGUUGUAAUGCAUGUGAUCAGUCCCUUAAUUAGAUAUACUUGUUCUAAAUUUAGGGUUUGGAUUUUGUGAUGGUGGAAGCUAAGAAAUAUGGUGUUCGUUUAAUCUUGAGCUUUGUAAAUCAAUGGAACAAUUUUGGAGGAAAAGCUCAAUAUGUUUGGUGGGCACGAAAUGCAGGAGCUCAGAUUAGUAAUGACGAUGAAUUCUAUACUCAUCCUAUGCUCAAAAAAUACUUGAAGAACCACAUUGAGAAAGUGGUUACAAGGUUGAAUAGUAUUACUAAAGUUGCUUACAAAGAUGAUCCAACAAUUAUGGCAUGGGAACUCAUGAAUGAGCCUCGCGAUCAAGCUGACUAUUCAGGAAAAACUGUUAAUGGUUGGGUUCAAGAAAUGGCAAGUUUUGUGAAGUCAUUAGACAACAAGCACUUGUUAGAGGUUGGAAUGGAGGGAUUUUAUGCUGAUUCCAUUCCUGAAAGGAAGUUAGUUAAUCCCGGUUAUCAAGUUGGAACAGAUUUCAUUAGUAACCAUCUUAUCAAUGAAAUUGAUUUUGCUACUAUCCAUGCAUACACUGACCAAUGGGUGUCUGGGCAAAGCGAUGAAGCACAAUUGGUGUGGAUGGAAAAGUGGAUAACAAGUCAUUGGGAAGAUGCAAGAAAUAUAUUAAAGAAACCUUUAGUGCUUGCUGAAUUUGGAAAGUCUAGUAGAGGUCAAGGAUCAAGAGAUAUAUUCAUGAGUAGUGUAUAUAGAAAUGUGUAUAAUUUGGCAAAAGAAGGUGGAACAAUGGCAGGAAGUUUAGUAUGGCAACUAAUGGCACAUGGAAUGGAGAAUUAUGAUGAUGGUUAUUGUAUUGUUUUGGGACAAAAUCCUUUAACUACACAAAUUAUUUCAGAUCAAGCUCAUGUCAUGACAGCUUUGGCUCAUUCUUUCAAUUGA